AUGGCUUCCAAAGUUUACAGUGAAAAACAACAAUACGAACUCACAAAAUAGUGAAAAGUUUUCAAGUUCAAGAUUUAUUUAAUUGACUUUAUUAAUUACUUUUAUUUUCCUUAUCGUUUGAUAACUUUUACGUUCUAUGUACUAAAUCAUAAAAGACCUGUUUCUGCAGAAACAGUGAAUAUUAUCAAACGUGCAGACGGUCAUAUAAAAUAAAUUAUUGUAGAUGGUAUUUACAAACCGAUGUUCUUCCUGAAGUGAACAUUGAAUGUUUCAAACAGUGAAUAAAAGUUCAAUUAUAUUUAAAGAUAUGUGAUACAGUUGCAAAAUGGUUAGUUCUGAUGGAUGAGCAAUCUUUGAAUGAACUCCUUGAAUGUUCAGUCUGUCUGGACAGACUUGACCAUACAAGCAAGGUUCUUCCUUGCCAACAUACAUUUUGUAGAAGAUGUCUGGAAGAAAUUGUUAGCACUAAAGGAGAACUUCGCUGUCCUGAAUGUAGAUAUCUUGUUGAAAUUCGAGUUGAAGAGCUUCCUUCAAAUAUUCUUUUGAUAAGACUUCUUGAAGGUAUUAAAACUAAAACUUGUACUGAAAGAUCAAGAUCUCCAGGAAGAUACACAAAUGAUGAAUUGUCUUCUGGUUCAGCAACUGACAGACAUUCAAAGCAGUCUGUUGGGAAGCUGCCAUGUGCUAAAGCAUUGUACAAUUAUGAAGGAAAAGAUUCUAAUGAUUUGUCAUUCAGGAAAGGUGAUAUUAUUAUUCUAAAGAAACAGGUUGAUGAUAAUUGGUAUCAUGGAGAAUUCAACUCACACCAUGGGUUCUUUCCUGCUUCAUAUGUUCAGGUCCUUGUACAACUCACAUCUAAUGUUCCACAAUGCAAGACUUUAUAUGACUUUGAAAUGAAAGAUGAAAGUGAUAAGAAAGAUUGUCUUUUCUUUAAGAAGGAUGAAACCAUAACUGUAUUAAAGAAAGUGGAUGAUAAUUGGUUGGAGGGUAGGAAAGGUGAAAAGAUUGGGAUAUUUCCUGUAUCCUUUGUUGAGAUGAAUGAUGCUGCAAGGUCUUUAAUUAAUUCUCAAUCAAAUCCUUCCUUGCAUGGUGGUAAUUUAAUUUUGCAUGAUCGAGGUUCUGGGGAUGGAGUGCCACAUUCCUCUCCCCUUUCUUCUUUGGUUACUCAAAUCCCACAACAGAAGCGGCAUUCAUUUACAGCAUCUCCUCAGAAAACAUCCACGGCAGCUAGUCAGCAUAAUAGAAGAUCUCUAGAGUUAAGCAGCAGUGGGAAUUUGGUAAUUGUACCAUCUCCUCACCUUCCAAGCAGGUCACGUUCACCUCCGCCAGUACCAUCCCAUAAUAGUCAGUCAGCUACCUCAGCUAAUAAAACCACCUCAGUUUUAGCUAGCAAAUCUUCUGUGGCCAGUAGAAACUCAUCAUUAACAGCUAGCAAAACUUCAUCUGCUACAGGAAGUAAACUUAAUUCAGCAUUUCAGGAACCAGGAACUUCAAGAAAAUUUGACAAUUCAAUGGAACCACAGACAGGACCAGCAAUAGUAGAUGCCUCUAAAAUUUCUGGUAUUAAUAGUCCUGUAUAUACAGCAUUAUUUAAUUAUAAACCUCACCGAGAGGAUGAAAUAGAACUGAGGAAGGGAGAUUAUUACACUGUAUGUGAUAAAUGUCAAGAUGGAUGGUAUAGAGGGCAGUGUUUAAAGACAGGAAAACCUGGUGUUUUCCCUGGCAAUUAUGUACAAAUGGUCAGGUUACCAAGUGCAUUUCUUCCAGUCAGUGGUAAUGUGAUGAACAUUCAUUCAAAAGGAAUCCAUUCUCUACCAUCAUCUUCAUCAGCACCUGCUGUAACUAUGACAACUUCAUCUGGUCACAGAUCAAGUACAUCACCAAUCAGGCCAGGGUCUUCACCAUCACUUCAGAAUUCAUCAUCACAGCAAGCAGAGUCAUCUUCUGGUCCCCCUCCCAUUACACCAAGAAGCUCAAAAUCAUUAGCAAAACUUUCAUCAUCAGCACCAUCACGAUCAGCAGCUAACAGUAAAACCUCUUCUCAUUCAUCAGCGAGUAACAAAUCAUCAGCUACAAAACUAACAAAUUCUGGACCAUCUUCACCUAGAUCAGCGUCCAGUAGAACAUCAUCAUCAUCAUCACUAAAGCCAGCAGAUAGCAGUGGAACAAAAGCGAAAUCCCCACACCGCCAUGCAAAUCACAAUGGCCCAUCAGUAGGUAUGGAAGGUCAUCUUGACCUUAGUGUGACCUCAGGACAUUCCAAUCAUCGUACGUCUAGCUCAAAACAAGUUGUUUACAGAAAGCCUAAUGCUGUUGGAAUGCCACAAGUAAUGUCUGCUUCUUCGAACAUCACACCACCUAAUAUUGUGGCAGGAGCCACAGGUGAAAUACCUGGGAUCAAGGAUAAUAAGAAGGACAAGAAAGAAAAGGAGAAAUUGAGUCUGGUAAAAAGACUGACCUCUGGUAAGAGCAAGAAAUCAAAAUCCCCUGGACUUGAAAGUGAUGGGUCUGGCACAGAAAGUAUUGGGAAUCAUGUCAGAUCUGGGUCUUGUCCAGCAGAUAGUAAUAGUCUGCUUGGAGCAGAGGGAAGUCAGCAUAUGAAAACUGGUUCCUUUGAUUCUACAGUUCCUCUUGUACCUCAGCAAAAAAUAAGUAGACCAAAACCUGUAGUUAGAGAAAAAUAUAGAUGUGUUGUUCCUUAUCCACCACAAAGUGAUGUUGAACUAGAACUUAAAGUGGGGGAUGUAGUUUAUGUUCACAAAAAACGGGAAGAUGGAUGGUACAAAGGAACUCUCCAACGACUGGGAAAAACUGGACUUUUUCCUGGAAGCUUUGUAGAAAAAUGUGAAAAUGUAUGAAAAUGUAUGAAAAUUAUCAUAAUAGCACAAUUAAUGCAAGUGUUAAUACAUGUAUGCAGUCAUGUCAAUGUUUGUGAAAUAGCUUUAUUGUAUAAUCCUGUGAAAGUUCUUUAGAAUUGUUGACUAGUUUUUGUAAUGGUUGAAAAUUUGAUAGUGAAAGAGUUAUUGAUUUAAUUGUUUUUUCAGAGUACAAAAAUUUUAAAUGAUUCUGGUAUAUAAAAAAAAAGGGAAACCCAUGAAAAUUUCUUUCCCACUAAUGGUAAGAGUUCAUAGAACAAAAAAAAAUCUUUUAUUUUGAAAAUAUGAAAAUGGAUAGGUGGAACUGUUUUUCUUCUUAUAGAACAUAUGUACAGAAGUUCUAAAACAACAAAUUAAAGAACACCAAGAUAGCUUCAAAAGGAGAGUGAAACAAGCCCCUGAUAAGCAAAAUAUUUCAAUUGUUUUCAAAACUAAUAAAAAAACAGGAUGUAGCAUGGUUAACAUAUGUUUUAUUGUGUCAGUCUGUUUUGUAAAUAGUACAUAUUUAGUGCCACAAUUAUUAUAGUGCUGUAUCAGUAUACAGUGUAUAUUUAAACUUAGUGCUUUUACUUCACCUGAAUAGAGGACCAUUUUAGGUAUUAGCAUGUAUUCAUCUAUUUGGGUGUCAUUUGUUAACAUUCAAGAACAUUAUUGUCAUCUCAAGAUGGGAAUCACUUUGGCCUGUAAGAACUAGAAAUAGGAAAAAUAUGUGAUCCAUCAGAAAUAAGAAAUUUGUGGAAUGUCUUAACAAAAAGAAAGUCUAUAGAAAACUACACGAUUCAGUAUUUUUAUAUUCAAAUUUCAAUAUUAAAAAUUUUAAUAGUUUCAUACUGAAAACUUCAUGGUUGUGAAAUAGCUUCUACAUGCUCCUUUGACUUUUCUGUUCCAGUACUUUGUGUUUACAUCAAUAAUUUGGAAAGUACAUGGUAUUGGGUAAUGUUUGAAAUAAAAUUCAAGAUUGUUGCAGCAGAAUAAAAUUUAAACACAAUGUUAGAAAAUUGAUUAUACAAUAACACAUUGUCAUCAUGAUGAUAGUUUGAUUUUACAUAGAAAUUUGCGAGUGUACCGAAAUUUAGUAAUAAAAUACAUUGUAGUAUGUGAGGUUAAGGAGUAAGACUUUUUAUAUAGCUCCAAGGGACUGUCAUAAGAGGGUAAUCUUGAUAAAGUUGGAUGAAACAUCCAUAAAAUUACUUCCUUAAUCUGUUUGACUUCAUGUAAGAAUGUAAUUGUCAUCUUCUACGACAAAUACCUGGUUUGGUAUAUUAAUUUGUUUAGUUAUACAUGCAGGCCUGUGUAUUUACUUGAUAUUAACUUGUAUAUUAUAUUCUGUUAUCUCGUUUAUUGUAAAUCUUUCAUGAUGAAAUCGUCAACAUUAUUAUUGGACUGAGACUUCUUACUUUUUUUCAAGGUCACAUGUAAUGUUCUUGUAUGAUUUAAAUUUGGAUAAAGUUCCAUUGGAACAACAUUUUUGAGGUAGCUUAUGUUUUAUUUUUGAUUAUUUUAUAUUAAUUGAACAUUUGAGAAUUCCAGCAAUUCAAAAUGCAUGCCUAAGACAUGUUAAUUGUGAAGUUGACGAUCAAUUUUGGCCAAUGAAAAAAGUUGUUACAUAAAGAUUGCAUUAGAAUUCAGAAAUGAAGUAUUU